AUGUCUCAGCUAGACCUAUCACCUAAGACUAAGCCUAAGCACAUAAGAGAUCCUCCUCCGGCUCUUUUUCUCGGUCCUCCUUCUCAAAAUGCCUCUCAUGUUUCCCUCCCAGGUCUCCCUCCGACAAUACCUCCUGUCAUUGCUUCGAACCCCUCAACUUUGACCUCUACACGCGCUCCUAUAGCCCAGCGUACACGGGGUAUCGAGACACCUGCUGAUGCCAUGGCGGGACCUUCAUUACCACGCACCACACUUCCUAGACAACAGCAAGAAUCAGAGGGGAAGAAACAGGCCGACAGAACGGAUGCGUUAUGGGCAGAGAUGCAGGGGACCUUGGAGGAGGUGGAGCUCAGUGCUGUGAAUGGAACACAUGUUUUUGGACCUGAGCAUGGAAAGGCGCUGGAUGAAUUGAGGGCGGCGCAAAUUGGACUGGCACAAGCUUGGGCUAGGAGCGAGGCUGAUGAAGUCGUAGAAGGUGGUGACAAGGAAAGCAAAGGAAAAUUCACACUUGGAAGCGAAGGGAAAAGUACUCUCGAUACGAGAGGGAGUAUCACUGCUGGGAGCUUACGACCUAGAAGUAGCAGUGGAGGCGGCGCUGCUGAGAAGUUGGGGAGCAAGUUGGAGGAAGAGACAGAAGCGGAUAUAAUCUUGGCUCGCAGAAGGAGAGAAGCAAACGACCGGUAUUUCCAAAGAGUUAAUGCCGGGGUUUUAGAUGUUGUUGCUAAACUCGAAGAGGUCGCUGGAGCCAUGAGAGCUGUAGAGCAGGAAAGUCGAGAUAUUUGGGGAGAGACCGACUCAGCGGGAACGAGUAUCAACGGUUAA